CAGAGACGUUCGCUUUAUAUCCAAUUCGGGAAAUAGAGGCAUCCAGGGAGCCUCACGCUGCAAAUCGCUCCAAGGGCAACACGCCAGCCCGGGCGUGGCUCUGUUUUGUAUAUAAGCCAUGGUUGCAGCUGCUCUCCCUCGAGGCCUAUAUCCCAACAAUAGUCCUCCCAAUUUAUUUUGCACAGUGUCUUUCUUUGCAUAAUAGACGUGUAAGCCGCUUGAAGCUACAUGUGUUUCUUCUCGUGUGGUAAAUCUCCCUCUCGCUAUCAUCCUCUGCCGUCCGAGGACACGCUCGUUUCUGCAAGACGCCCAAGUCAACCUCACUCUCCUUCCACCCGUUCACCAAUCCCACCAUCUGCCAACAUGGGCUCAUCGUCGAUGGCUCCAAAUCAGGCUGGGGCAGCCAGCUACUUCUCUGUUCAACAUGAGCGUCUAAUUCUGGAACUCCUCCCUUUCAAGGACAGCGCCAAGUUCCAUGAAUGGAUCCAAGGAGACAUGGUUCGGGGUUCGUGGGCUGAGUUCCACCGAGACUUUCUCGUCAAGUUUCCUUCAGAUCAUGUCGAGCCGGAUAAAAACAAAACAGCAGAUGCAGUCAAGAGUGCCAUCUCGAGCAGAUCACACAAGUUUUUGGCUUACCACCCAGACAAGAAGAAUUGGACCAGAGAGGACCAUCACAUUAGGUUCAUUGUCACGACUAUACAAGAUAAUAUGCUGACUGGUCUGUGGAGCGAAUCGGACUGGAAGAAACGAAAUUUUGAGAUUGCUAGAGCCGUAUAUGAAGUUUUGUUCUUCCUGAAGGCUUCAUAUUUCGCAGCAGAUCAACAACCGCCAGGUUAUACACAAUAGAUUGGGUUGCCUACAGGGAUUUAUGAUAAUUAAUUUUUUUUUAACAAACUUGUUCUACAUUACUCUCUUUUAUAGUUGUCUGUAAUCUUCCUUUCAUUUAGCUUUUUUCUUAUUUUAUUUUAUCCUCAUGUAUACGUCUUGUGAUCGCCUUGGAAAGGCACACAAGCUAACGAACUGUUGGACUCUCAGACUCAAAUUUAUGACAACAAUGCAAAGAAAAGUACCAUCUAUGGUCAUUACUAGUACACUAUCUUAUACCCGGAACAAUCCAAAACUACAAUAGCCGGCUCACUGCGAGAAGGAGAAGAAAGAAUCACUGUCUACUUCUCUAGGGUAAUAGUAUAGCAAUACAGCUAAGAUCCAACGUGGCGCAGAGCCUCUCUGGGUUUAAAGAUCUACAGGGACACUGCUAAAAUACAGCGCAAUUAAAAAAUAUUUUUUCCCAGAUGAAUAAAUAUAGUGCCAUCUAAAGACACCCCGAAUUUCUUCAAAUCGGAUAGAAGCCCGUCGUCAUGGCGCCCAAUUGCGCGAAAUUAGAGCCCCAACGAAGCCCAGCGCCCCAUUUUAGUAGGGCGGUCUGCUAGACACGCCGCUGAACACCGUUGACAGCGGCAAACCCCACCGCCCUAAGGCAGGAAGAGAAAAACUUUUACUAUGGACGCAAAUGGGAAUCAUAGUCCGCAGCUUCGGUGGAGCCCAAGCCGGCGAUGAAUACCUCUAACGGCUUCAACAGACGGCCUUUGAAAUGUCGGACAGUUGAUGAGAAGUUGUGCCUUUGGUCAGACUCUCAAAAGGUAAAUCGUGUUUGCUGAAAGUGCCAAAUGGGACAUGACCAACAUGACGUAUAUGGUGUGUAUUAAGCCGGUAUUAAUCGAGGCUGCAUGUAUUUCAAUAGUUCGGCGGCCACCCGAUCCCAAGAUCUGUGAACAGAGCGUACACACCAGCUCGCAGCCACCAACUGAAGAUAGAACCGAAUGAAUGGCCGACUUGCCCACACGCCCCCUUUAUCUCUGUAGGUACUUGAUCCUUUCACGGUCCAAGUACUCCGCCGGGACAGGUCUCCAUUGUGGCCUGGUCUGUGAUGCGAUAGGGCAAUCCAAUGCAGAUGCACUUGCAUGGCCCCUCCCGAAUGCGAGUCCGUCCAGUGGCAGCGAAAAAAAAACUCUGCUCCCAGCGCGGGAUCCAAGGCUAUUGGACCGCUGUAGCUAGGGAGCCCAUGCAGCUCUGACUCCUCCCAAUGUGACGCGGAGCAAAUUUUCUUGGUGACGGUGCAGCCGUUCCCAGUGGAUCAUGUGCUAACCACUAGAGGUCUUGCGCUAUUAGGGCGCUGUGCUCGCCAACGUUGGUUAUCCAGCUUGUUUGCGCCCAUUAAUGUAGAUUUGCUGCUUAUAAGGGGUAUGUAAUGUAUGUAUAUUAUAAGAAGACACGGUCGCGCAGAUCGUCGCAUAUCUUCCCAUUUGCUUCAGAUUUGUACUUGCUUAUAGCAUAUCAGUUGUUUGGCUGGAAGGCUGUGGCACUCCCCUGGCCUGAGCCGGCUCGCUGCGGCAAAACGCUUCGUUCCUGAGCCAUUUAGCAAACAUCCCUGUUAUUAGACGCCCUGGACAUGCACUAGGUGCGCUUCGCUGAAGGGGAUAUGGGAUUAUGUACUCAUCUCCGCUGCAUGGCCGAACCACUGAACUAGGGUGGGAGGGUGAAUGCAAGUCAAAUGUAACCUGAGCUGACUUGGCUCCCUGUUAUUCAUCGUUUAUAGUCUGUGAAUGCUCACUGACAUCCACUGUUCAUUCUCGAUCCGGACCGUCGCCGUCGUCACUGUCAGCCUCAUCCUCAUCCUCAUAAUAAUAUUCGUUGUCCGCCUCUUGUUCUUGUUCGGAGUCGCUGUGGCCAACGUCCUGGCCAAGAAUGAUGUCUUCACUCCCUUGCCACUGAGGAGGAGGUGGCGGCAGCGCGGCGUCAUCACCCUCAUCCCAACCGUAGUCUUCCUCAUCUUCACUAUCGGGAACUUCAAGCUCUGUUUGCCCUAGUUUUCGUUUACUUGCAGCUUGACCAUCUGUCAUCUUCACUAGCUGACUAGGAUCGUAUGCCACGCCACUUAUACCAGCCUACAAACAGUAUUAGUUUUCCAAUCUGCGAAGCCAACUGCUAUUCUGCAACGUACCUGGUUAACUUGGAAAGCACAUACAUGCUCGCCGUUGUCAUAUAACUUCCGCCCGUUGCGCUUCUGUACACCGGCUAGGAAGACGCUGCUCGCCUUCCUUUCUCUCCAGAGCCAAUUUCUAAAUAACACUAUCUUGGUUGCAGUACCUUGCUCCCACAAAGCAGUGUUUAUGGCAGGUAUAAGAGCGGCACUCCGAUCUGCCUGCAUUUUUGUGGCACACUGUGAUAGAAUGACAACCGUGCACUUUUUAGUUGCGGCUAGCUUUUGAAGCGAGGUGAUGAUGAAUUGGAUAGCUUGGAGGCGUUUGGCGUUAACAGAUGGUCCUGUUGAUUGUUAGUCCGGCCUUGAUAGAUCAUUCGUUCCGGGCUUACCACCCGAGUUCUUUGUCCCAGAAGUCCGUGGCUCAUGGCUUCUCGGCAGAGCUGAGUUUAUGAGCGCCGAGACUGAGCUAAUAACAAUUAAAGAAACAUCCGGAUCAAAGGCCUUGGAUGCUGGCUUAGAGACCAAGGCCAUGAAGUGAGCUAGCGUGAAGCAGGAGUAGUGGCUAAACUUGCCCAGCUUUGGCGCGAUGGAGUUUCCAUCUUCGUUCUGAUUAGUCUCAGACUUCGGGUUAUUGUUAAUAUGGUGUAAAACUUUAGCCAAGCGUUGGCUUUGGAGCUUCUGAAAGCAAUCUGCGAAAAGGCGAAAGUUGUCAGUGAUUGGGACUUUCAAGUGUCUAAGUGUCUGCCUACCAAUCCAUGCAACGCCUUGGCCAUCCUUUAGGGCAUUAGCUGUGAGCUGAAUUCUGGUUCGAUUAGAUUAAGAAAUCAAAUGGAGAAUAGAACACCUACCCAAGUGCUGUCCUGCCGCUGCCAGGCGGACCCCAGACCUCGGUGACCUGACCGCGUUGGAUGCCGCCGAGCGAUGCGGGGUUGAACGGGGCCGUAUCGAGAAGAAUCUUAUCUAGUUUUGUUAUACCUGUAGAUAUGGGUUGUGAUUUCUCAUCCUCAAGCUGCUCUAGAGCCUGUGAGGCAUCGAUAGGCGGCAAGCGAUCUGUAAUCCAAUACAACAAUGUCAAAACUUGCAACAUCGUGCCCAUGAACAUCGUGAUAAUCCAUCACCAACCAAUCAUGUCUACCGUUGCUGCCCUGCUGCAACCUUUUGUAUCUUGAGACGUGAUUGGCAGCUGCUGGCGUGUUAUUGGUGUCGUGAACGGGUCACCUCACACCUGUCCUCACGUGAUGGAGAAGAGCACCAUGUUCUUCGUUACUUCCGCCGCUGCGUCAAGUAUAGUCCACCUAGGUAUAAACAAAGAUGAAUUUUUUAAAAGACACACCCAAAAAGCCGAAUCCGCAUAACAAGUGUAUUCAAUUUGAAGCCAUCCGAUGCAUCCGUCAACAGGCGGAAAGGUGGAGGGACGGCGACCAUCUGCCCACCCCCCACCGGGCCGCUGAUGCAUGCUGCGGCUGCGCUGAUAUUUGGAAACAUAUAACGUAACGUUUUCUUUGUCCAUUGGACGCGGCAACUUAUUGACGCCAGCAAAGGUUGUAUAUUAGACUAUGCCAUCGAUCAUCUUCGCCAAACAGGCCCAGAACACCGGUGUGAUCGUUCCAUUCCGUCUGCCGAUGUCGUAAGUUGCGCCUACGCCACGCUUUAAUGCUACUGCAGGAAUAGAAGUGGCAAGUUUGGUUUCAAUGCCACCCACACAUGACGCCCUGAAUCCUUGAUCGAUGGUUACCAUCGGUCGAGAUCGGCAGCUGCCUAGCAUAGCCGACCGUAUUCCGUGCCGCCGCCGACUCGGCCCAUAAAGGUCGCAUUUCGUAAUGAGAUCAUCCCCGCCUAGCCAAUCGCUUCUUGCUAUUCACCAUCUGACUGCUGUCACUUGUGCCAUCUUGUACUUAUGCUCCAGUUCCCUCAACUAUUGUACGUAAAGGAAACCGUUCAUCCGGUUAUACAGGCACGUCCAUGUUGGCGAAUACAAUCCGGUAGCCAUCCGGAUCCUCAAAGGUCUUGCCAUGCAUAUCCCAGUAUGGAUUGAAGCUGGUUACCGGUGCAAAGCCGCACGUCUGCAUCCGCUCAAUAGCUAGCUGAAAAUCUUCCUCUUUUGGAAGGUAAAAGAUGAGCAGGUUGUCGGCUGUAGGCGCGCGUCCCGCUUUAUGGCCGUCGGCAGAUGUAAACUCAAGAUGAUAGCCCGCGUUCUUAUGACCAAGCAUCAUGCCAUCAAAUCCAUCAUGGCCAUUAAAACGAAAGAGUAGGUCAAAGCCGAGGCCGUCUCGAUAGAACGGCAAAAGUGCCUCAAGAUUAUCGGAGGGACGGGCGAUCCGGAGGUGUGCCUUCGCCACUGACAUUGUGAUACCGAUAUUAAUGUGUGUUCCUGCCUGGUUGCUCUAGAGUGCAUA